AUGCAGUCGCGACCUGCGGAUCAGCAGUUCCUGCUGGCCAGUCCAGAAAGGGAGGUGGAACGGGAUGUCUUCUUAUACCGAGCCUACAUUGCCCAGAAAAAAUACGGUGUUGUUCUGGAUGAAAUCAAAGCCAGUGCUUGCCCUGAGCUCCAAGCAGUUAGAAUGUUUGCGGAAUAUCUUUCAAACGACGCUCAGAGGGAUGCAAUAGUUGCCGAUUUGGACAAGAAGAUGGAUGAUGCGGCCCUGCGCACACUACACCAAGGGGAAAGCUUGGAAUGUGUGGCGAUGAUGAUACAGAUACUGCUGAAGCUCGACAGGCUCGAUCUAGCCCGCAAAGAACUGAAGAAGAUGCAGGAGCAAGAUGAGGACGCGACCCUCACCCAGCUGGCUACUGCCUGGGUGAACCUGGCUGUUGGUGGGGAAAAAUUACAGGAUGCCUAUUACAUCUUCCAAGAGAUGGCAGACAAAUGCUCAUCCACCCUGCUUCUGCUUAACGGACAGGCAGCCUGCUACAUGGCACAGGGCAAGUGGGAAGAUGCAGAUGGGGUGCUCCAAGAAGCGCUGGACAAGGACAGCAGCCAUCCUGAGACCCUGAUCAAUUUUGUUGUCCUGUCACAGCACCUGGGCAAACCACCAGAGGUUACCAAUCGCUACUUGUCACAACUGAAAGAUGCACAUAAAAGUCACCCGUUUAUACAGGAGUACCAGGCAAAGGAGAAUGAUUUUGACCGGCUGGCUAUGCAGUACGCCCCCAGUGCGUGAGGAUUCAGGGAAUUCAAAACAAGUCUGUGGUGCCCUGCUGUGGUACCUUGGGACCUGGGUGGGAGGGUGAUGUGCAAAAUCUCUCUGGCCUUGUGGACAGCGUUCACUCCGCAAGUCGGUCUGACGUCUGUCACAGGAUGGCAGGGCCUUGCGCGCUCAGCAAACUGAUGGCAAGCGUGUAUGUCACACGUGGAGCCUAGAAACCUAUGUCCUGAUUUAACUAGAUUCCAAACUCCUUGUUUAAAAUACAGUGCACGUCAAGAGUAUGCAACACUGUACCUUAAACAUUUCCAAUAAAGCCUUUUGUGGAUC